CAUCAACCAAGGAACAAAAACUCGUCGCGGAAAUGGAAGAUUGCAUAUUUUCCUUGCUUCAAUAGAAGAGUGAACCCUAUCAGUACGCUUUGCUAAUUGCCAGCUUCGGUCAAUGGUUUUUGUUGACAGAAGUAUGAUGCGAUCAGAUUCUGCAAAGACUAACUACCCUGGAAAAAUCCCGUACGGGCUGGAUCUUCCUAGUGAUGUUGCCGAUCGGAAGCUUCCUGAUGGAGUUACCAAGUGAAAAUGCAGUCUGGAUAAGGCGUAGGAUGGGGCAAAAGACAAGGCUAAAUGGCUCAUCAAACAUGAGAAACAUGAAUUUGGAAUGUUCAAAAGGCCCAUAAAUUUUUCCUGAUCAA